UGAGUUCAGUCGGUCGAAGGAGCACGCCCUGGGCAGUCGCUAAUUAAAUUUGGAAAAAAUAUUUAGAAAACCGUAAAGGGGAUUAGAAUAUAUUCCCCAAACAUCUGCGGUAUGUUCAAAGUGUCACAGGAGAUGCGUCUGAAUACGCAGGCCGCCUCCUCCACCUCCUCCUCCAGUCAGAGUGGGAGUGGGAGUGGCCUGGAGGGAAACAGUCCGGAGGAAGGCGGUAUUUUUGGACGCUACCAGCGGACGCCCGAUGCGGAUGCCUAUCCCUCGGAACCGCCGCGGGUUUAUGUGGCGCCCGAGCUGACCAAUGCCGGGAAGGUGCAGUUGCUCCACUUUCCCAGCGGGGCGGUGAGGGUGAACAGCUCGGUGGGGUUCAUCAUCAAGCGGAACGGGGUCAAGGGGAACUUCGAGGUGCGCGUCGAGGGUCCCAGUGGCCAACCCAUCCAGCCUGUCCAGCAGCAACAGUUGGACCCGGAGCGCUUCCAGAUCGAUUGCCAAUUGGCUGCCGGAGCGGGACUCUACAAGGUCCACAUCAAGUGCAAUUCCGUAACCCUGCCCAGGUCACCUUUUAUUAUCGUGGCUAUAGCAGGUGCUCCGGAGUCCAUUGAAGGAAAACCCGCAAAUACUUCAGUGCCUAUCUUGGAUUCGGAUGUCAGUAAAGUGCAUAGUCGUGGACUAGGACUUACCCAUGUCAGUUUGGUGGAGCGCAACGAGUUCACAGUGGACUGCAGCCAAGCGGGGAGCAACAUGCUCCUGGUGGGAGUCCUGGGACAACGAGGUCCUUGCGAGGAGGUGGUGGUCAAGCACUUGGGACGGAGCAUUCACAGGGUUACCUACAGGGUGUGCGAUCCCGGAGAUUAUAUUCUAGUGGUAAAGUGGGGAGAGCAACACAUACCAGGUUCCCCGUUUAGACUAAGUGCCGAAUAGGAUACGAAAUAAAUGUGUCUGUAUAAAU